UCAUUUCCGUGAAGUCAGCGUCUUUUCUCAUUCUCUGCUUUCUCUCUUUCCCUCCAUAAAAUCAGAGAGGGAAGGAAGCCCCAAACCCCAUCUGCUCUCUCUCUCUCUCUCUCUCUCUCUCUCUCUCUCUCUCAAGCAGAAGUUUCUAUGGAUUCUCAGGUCAUGGUCGCUCUCGCGCUGUCGCUCGUCGGUGGAUUGAGCACUUCGAUAGGUGCACUUUUUGUUAUUUUGAACCCUACUCCCAAUUUGAAGAUGCUUGGGCUUUUACAGGGUUUCGCAGCUGGUCUUAUGCUGAGCAUAUCUUUCUUAGACCUGGCACAUAAUUGUCUGAAUUCUAUUGGCUUCUUAAAAGGCAACCUUUGGUUCUUUGCAGGUGUCAUUAUGUUUGCCCUUAUUACUAAUUUCAUCCCAGAACCAACCCUUGUUCCCACCACAGAUGCAAAAACGAAGCAGAAACACGAUGAUGGAUCAGGUAAAGAUUUGAUGAAAAAGCACCGUCGCCAAGUUCUGUUUAGUGGAAUUAUUACAGCAAUCGGCAUAAGUUUGCACAAUUUUCCAGAGGGAAUGGCAGUGUUCCUUGGAUCAAUCAAGGGACUUCGGGUUGGUCUUAACUUGGCCUUGGCCAUUGCGUUGCAUAACAUUCCAGAGGGUGUUGCUGUAGCACUUCCUGUCUAUUUUGCAACAGAAAGCAAAUGGCAGGCGUUCAAACUGGCAACACUUUCUGGUCUUGCCGAGCCCCUUGGUGUGAUUAUUGUAGCUUACCUGUUCCCAAGCAGUCUAAGCCCUGAAAUCCUUGAGGGCCUACUUGGAUCAGUUGGGGGAGUAAUGGCUUUUCUCACCUUGCAUGAAAUGCUACCCUUAGCAUUUGAUUAUGCUGGGCAGAAACAAGCUGUCAAAGCCGUCUUCAUCGGCAUGGCUUUCAUGUCGGCAAGCCUAUACUUUUUGGAGAUAAGCUUGCCGCAGGAGAUGAGCUUGUAGCUGUUGAAUCGGUUGGAAUUCCAUAACCUUGUACACAUUCCACUGUAACCAUCAAAAGAUUAUUGUGUAUAACAUCUCAUGGUCAUAGUUCAAAGAAAUGCAGCAGUCAUCAUCAAUAAAUAGGAAAGUGUAACUCUUAUGCCUUUAUAAAUCUAAUUGCUGAUUUCUUCAUGUUA